AUGAAAGAGACAAUCACAGCAUCCAGUUCAGAUGUGGAGUCCGCGCUGCCCAAACCUCCAGGUGGCGAGCCGGAUCAGCCGCGCCAGGGUAAGGAGAAGCAACCCGUCGUCUCGUCAUGGACUACCAGCCCCUACAACCCAUACACAUGGCCGACAUCUCGCAAAGUCACAAUCAUCCUCAUUGUCUCGCUCAGCCACCUCGCCACGACCAUGUCCGCCAGCAUGAUGGCUGCAUCGCUUGAGCAGAUCGCUGCAGAGCUCCAUAUGGACCCAGCGACGACCCUCCUGGCCUCAAGCAUCUUCCUGCUCGGACUUGGGUUCGGCCCCUUCCUCGUCGGCCCAAUGUCCGAGCUCUAUGGCCGGCGACCUGUGUGGCUCCUGUGCAAUUGCUGGUAUCUCCUCUGGAACUCCCUUUGCCCGGUGGGCAGGUCGUCAGGUAUGCUCAUUGCGAGUCGACUAAUGGCUGGCUUUGGAGCAUCAUGUGGUAUAGGGCUUCUCGGCCCUGUCUCUGCAGACAUGUAUGGGGCAUCAGAGCGUGGCAAGUCCAUCGCCAUCGCCACCUUUCUCCCGUACAUCGGACCCGCACUCGGCCCCAUUGUUGGCGGCCUGGCUUCCGAACACAUUCACUGGUCCUGGACGUUCUGGAUCUUGUCCAUCUUCAAUGCAGUCGCCACUGCAGCAGGCUUCUUCCUCAUCAAAGAAUCGUAUGGUCCAAUCGUGCAAGAGCGACACGGGUUCCUUUUAUCGAGCCCCUCCAACCUCACCAUUGGCCAGAAGAUCAAGAACAAUCUCCUCCGCCCAGUGCGAAUGCUCAUCUUCCGCCCCGUCAUCCUCUUCGUCUCGUUCAAUAUGGCCCUCGACUUCGCUGUGUACUUCCUCGUACUCUCCACCUUUGCCACGCUCUGGAUCGAGGAGUACAACCAGUCCGAAAGCACUAGCAGUCUACACUACAUCGCCAUCACGCUCGGUGCGACUGUGGCAACUCAGAUUGGAGGACGGUUGAUGGACGCGACAUACAAGACACUAUCUACACGUGCGCAAACGAAAGCACGAGCAGCUCAAGAACCAGAGUCGGGAGAUAGCCAUACCCAGAGAGAAGAAGAAGAAGAAGUAGUAGCACACAUAAACCCCGAGUUCCGCAUCCCGUUCGUCAUUCCCAGCCUUAUCCUCACCCCCGUGGGGCUACUGUGGUACGCGUGGACCGCGGAACGGCACGUCCACUGGGCGGUCGUCGACCUGGGCAUCGCCGUGUUCACCCUGGCGAAUUUCAUGUUCAGCGCGGGCUUCCAGGCGUACAUGCUCGACGAGUUCAGCGGUGGUGGUGGUGGUGGUGCCUCAGCGGGGAGUGGUAGUGGUGGGAACACAGCGGCCUCGGCGACGGCGGCGGUCAAGCUGCUGUCGUAUAUCCUGGCUUUUGUGUUCCCGCUGUUCGCGCCUAGGAUGUACGAGGUGCUGGGGUACGGAUGGGGAAACACCCUGCUGGCGCUGCUGUUUGCCGGGUUGGCUGUGCCCUCGGCUCUGGUGGCGUGGAUUUGGGGUGAGAAGUUGAGGGCGCUGGGAAGGGAGAGGGUUUAAGCUCGACAGCGAUGCUAAUGCCGAGGGUUCGGGGCGGAACUGGAUCGUGUGCUUUCUUCACAGGCAAUGACGAGCCGUAGUCUGGUAGUGGUGCAUGGUUGCGUUGCAUUAAGAUGCAGUUUAGAGGACUCCAGAAAGUCUUCAAUUAUCUCGUACUGCAAGUUUCGUGGCGGAAGUGGCGCGGAAGCCUGCCUUCGUCCGUCGCGACAAGACAGCCGUGAGGAUGGGGGACUUCACAUCUGCUAAUAUGGAAC